AAGAACCCUUGUAAACCAGUACCCCUUUGGAAGAUUAUACUUCACUUCAUUAUAAAUCGAAGUUUUAUUUAAGUCGUCGAGGCCCUGACCUGCACGGCGGCUACAUAUGGUCCUUCGCAGCCUUCAAGACAAGGGCAGACUUGACCAACAACGGGUUCAUCGUGGAAGUGGACUUUGACCAAUCUUCGCAACCGUCUUCGUUGUCUUCAGUUUCUUCGGCUUAGGAAGAACACGCAACAGACGUUGAAAACGAGGGGUCCCAGCGUUUACCGGCAUAAGGAAAGCGUUCGUUGGACUUCCACCACAUCAAGACAUCAAGGACUUCAGUUCCAGUACAUUGCAUCACCUGAAUACGUAGGACUAGACAGAGUGAGUUCGUUCCAAUUUCCUUAAAUUUCCCUUCUAUACCUAUUUUUCUUGGAAUUAAGAAUAGCUCUAUACGUGUCAGGCACAAAUAAUUCAUUUUCAUACAAAAUCAUAAUUCAUCGCAAUAAAAUAGCUUAACUUCAUAUCAACUUUGUUAUAAAAAUCCUACUACAUAUUAAAAAGCCGUCUCCAUCGCUUAUUAUCUUCGCCUCAGUAACAUAAUUUUUUUGCUAAAUCAUCACAUUUCGCGCGCAGCUGCUUAUCUACUCCGCUUCUUUGUUCUCGUCAGUUGCAUUUUAACUCGUUAGUGUUCACACUUCUCUUACGCAUAGGUAAUUGCAUUUUUAAAUUUACGUAUAAUUCAAAAUGGCGGACACGUUAAAGGAGUUAGUAAAGAAACGUGGCAGUUUAAAGGCUAAAUUAACUUUGUUUAACACUUACAUUAAUGUGGCUAAAACGUGUGAAAAAUUAAAUGGAGAUUGAAGCGUUAACUGAGAAACCCGACGAGGCAUAUGCGGAGCGGGAGCAGUUUGAAAGCCAGUUCUUUGUGUUGGUCUCGACUGCUCGACUUCUUUUGAGUCCUACGGUGCAGUCGAGCGGCGGUCGGGCCGGAUCCGGGUCCGCGGCUUCCACGUCAUGCGGCGGCGGCCGGCAUGACUUCGUUCGUCUGCCCAAGAUUGAUCUGCCUCACUUCGAUGGGAACUAUCAGCAUUGGCUCGGCUUUAGAGAUACGUAUAUUUCCCUUAUUCAUAAUAAUCCCGCUAUCAAUGACAUAAGCAAAUUUCACUAUCUUCGUGCAUCUUUGAAAAGCAGUGCCGCCCUUGUGAUUCAAAGUCUUGAUUUUAGCAGUGAUAACUAUCAUAAAGCGUGGCAAUUAGUUUCGGAGCGGUAUGAUAACCCGCGCCUUUUAAUUAAUAAUCACAUCCAGGCCUUGUUUAACCUUGAACCUAUGCAACAUGAAUCGAGCUCUUUGUUACGUAACAUGGUGGACGUAACUAACAAAAAUUUGCGUGCGCUUGGCACUCUAGGGGAGCCUACCGACCAUUGGGACACCUUAGUUAUCUACAUAAUGUCUAAGAAGUUAGAUCUAGUAACUAAGCGUGAGUGGGAGGAGCACAGAAACCUUUUAACAGGUUCGCCGACGUUGCAGCAAUAUAUUACAUUUUUAAACAACAGGGCCGACUUACUUGAAUCUCUUGGCGAUAAUAACGUCAAUAAUAGUGGUCAAAAGACAUCUAAACAUAAAUUUCAAUUGCAUUCACAUAGCGAGCCACAAAAGACGCAUAAUUAUCUUACAACUACUAAUUCUUAUCGCAAACCUAUUGUUUGCCCUUAUUGUAAGCAUGACCAUUUCUUAUUUACAUGCGAAUCCUUUCGUAAAUUAGAUGUUGAUAGUCGGAUAAAAAAUGUAAACACUUACUCAGUAUGUAAGAACUGUCUUCGCCCGGGACACUUAGAAAAACAAUGUGUGUUAUCUCAUUGUAAAUAUUGCAAACUUAAGCAUAAUACUCUUUUGCAUAAACAUGUUGACAAAGCAUCUUCUAGCAGUGACGUUCCGGUGCCAGAUGUUCACUUUAACGGCAAUAUACAAACAAAAGUGUUUACCCCUACUGAGACUUCCGGACUACUGUCCACAGCAUUGGUGCACGUGAGUGACGCGAACGGAGUGCUACGUGAGGCGCGUCUGCUUCUGGACAACGGUGCUUCCUCCAACUUCGUGACGCGAGAUCUGUGCGGACUGCUUGGGUUAGCGACACGCAGCGCGGGAGCUACGAUCACAGGUAUCAAUGAGCAGCUUUCACAUUGUCCGGAGUCUUGCAAUAUUACAAUUCAGUCACUGAAUAGUAACUAUACGACGACCGUAAACUGUUACGUUGCCGAAGUAAUAAAUAAAUCUCUGCCGCCAUGUCGCAUAGAUCUUACCAAUAUACCUAUUCCUGCCGGCAUCACAUUGGCAGACCCAUCAUUUUAUGAGCCUUCCGCUAUUGAUAUUUUGGUCGGGGCGGAAGUAUUUUGGGACGUCUUAGGUUCCGCGAAUAUAAAAUUAGGUAAAAAUAAACCUCAAUUACGUGAAACAUCGUUAGGUUGGAUCGUGUGCGGUUCCAUACCUGCCUACAAUACAAAUACAAACGAAUCUUAUUUUUGUUCGUUCCUCACACAUAAUGAGGAAACUAAUCUUACCCGGUUUUGGGAAUUAGACUCGGUGUCUUCUAAACAUUGCAUGUCUCAAGAAGAGCAAGCGUGCGAAAAAAGUUUCUUAGAUAAUACCACUCACGAUCAAGAUGGCCGCUUUGUUGUGACGUUACCUUUAAAAGAGUCACCGGAUGUACUUGGCGACUCAUAUCAAAUGGCCAAGCGCCGUUUCUUGGCAUUGGAGAAACGGCUCGCACGCGAUCCUGUCCUAAAAAACUUAUAUUUUGAUUUUAUUCGCGAAUACAUCGACUUAGGCCACAUGAGCGAAAAUCAAUCAUCAUCAUCAUCAUCAUUUGAGCCACCAGAAAAAUCAUUUUUCUUUCCUCACCAUGGAAUUUUACGCUCAAAUAAAAGUACGCCUCUUAGGGUCGUUUAUGACGGUUCGGCCAUCACGACUAGUGGCAAGUCCUUUAAUGAAAUUCAAAUGGUUGGGCCGACUGUUCAGGAUGAUCUUCUGUCAAUCUUAUUACGCUUCAGACAGCAUAAGUAUGUUGUCUCAAGUGAUGUUGAAAAAAUGUAUAGAGCGAUAUUAGUACAGCCUUCUCAACGCUCGUUACAACAAAUCAUAUUUAGAUUCGAUCCUUCUGAUCCAUUAAAAACCUACAAAUUGAACACCGUCACAUACGGGACUGCGUGUGCACCUUAUCUUGCAACGAAAUGUCUUGUUUCUCUUGCCGAUGAAUGCCAAGACGUCCGUGUCAAACGUGCUAUACAGCACGACUUUUAUGUUGACGAUUUUCUCAGUGGGAGCGACAGCGUGGAUUCAUUGGUUGAGAUCAGUAAGGGUGUAGUCGCAACAUUAGAAUCUGCGAAGUUUAACCUGCGUAAAUGGCAAUCAAAUUGUCCUGACCUAUUGAAAUCGAUUCUCGAGCACAAAGAGGACAACAGCAAAGCUCUCAACCUUGAUAGUACAUCGCCUUCUAAAACCUUAGGUCUAUACUGGCAAACAGAAACAGAUAAACUUCUCUUUUCGAUCGACAUUAAAAUUCCAGAUAAAAUCACAAAACGAAAUAUUUUGUCUGUCAUAAGUCAAGUGUUUGACCCACUAGGCCUCGUUGGGCCUUGUAUAGUGGAAGCUAAAAUCAUAUUGCAGCGUCUUUGGCUUUUAAAGUGCGAAUGGGACUCUGAGCUCCCAUUAGACAUAAAAAACGAAUUUAUUUCUUUUGCAUCGUCACUUGCAAACUUAAACAAACUUAAAAUAGAUCGUUGGGUAUUUAGUGACUCACCAAUAGAAGUUCAGGUGCACGUAUUUACAGAUGCGUCAGAGCGUGCAUACGGCACCUCUAUCUAUGUUAGGACUGUGGACGGUAGCGGAGCAGUUUGCGUUCGCCUUAUAGCGUCAAAAAAUAAGGUCUCCCCCCUUAAACCCUCCACAAUACCAAGGCUGGAACUUUGCGGCGCGUUGCUUGGUGCAAGACUCUGGGCGAAGGUCAUUUCGUCACUGACCGUGAAGGUUGAUCAUAGUUACUUUUGGUCUGACUCUAUGAUCGUGCUGGGCUGGCUCGCAGGGCCGUCUAAUCGCCUGAAACCGUUCGUUCGCAACCGUGUGAAUGAGAUUCAAGAGAGCACUCGUGGACAAACAUGGAGCUAUGUACCCUCAAAGCUGAACCCGGCAGAUCUAGUGUCACGAGGAAUGAAGGCUGAUGACCUCAGCAUCUCCACACUAUGGUGGACAGGUCCAGAUUUUUUGCAUCAUUCCAUUAUUCAAUUUCCUAUGAUACCUAAUACAAACGCAGAUAAUCUGCCAGAAGUGUCAUUACAUACAAACGCACAGGCAAACAUAAACGAAAAUGACAAUCUUAUAACUAAACUUAUCACUAACAAUUCAAAACUUACAAAACUAAUACGAAUCGUAGCAUAUAUUUACAGAUUUAUACAUAAUUGCAAAAAUAAAAAUAAUAAAACCACAUCAAAUUUAACAUAUACAGAAAUAAAAUCAAGUAAAACUAAACUUCUACAACUCGCACAGCAGGAGUCAUUUCCUGAAGAUUACAAACUCUUAUCUUUGGGCAAGCCCUUACAGUCGAAAAGUAGACUGCUUUCGUUAACACCCUUCUUAGACGAUCAGAAAUUAAUACGUGUCGGUGGUCGUCUUAAUAAUGCUUAUUAUAGUUACGACAUUAAGCACCCAAUCUUAUUGUGUAGCAGGCAUCACCUUACCAAACUGCUGUUUGACAUGCAACAUAUGGCAUUAUUGCACGCCCCACCUCAGCUGUUGCUAGCAAGCGUUCGGCAAAAAUACUACCCACUCGGUGGAAGAAACCUGGCGCGCCACUUAGUGUAUAAAUGCGUUCGCUGCAUCAGGUUCAAGGCUAGACCUUUUCAAGUAUCAAUGGGCAACUUGCCUAUCGAUAGGACACAGUUAGAAUAUCCCUUUUUGCACACGGGAAUGGAUUUUGCCGGACCAGUGCUGAUAGCUGACCGUAAGGGUAGGGGUAGCAAAACAAUUAAAUCAUAUAUAUUGGUAUUUGUUUGUCUUGCAGUCAAGGCUCUUCACUUGGAACUUGUCACAAGUCUAACGACAGAGUCGUUCCUUGCUGCUCUCCGCCGCUUCAUGAGUCGUCGGGGAAAGCCUCAAACUCUUUAUUGUGACAACGGAACUUCGUUUGUCGGGGCAUCAAACGAACUUAGUAACUUUUUAAAACAUAAUCACGAUAAGCUGCAGUCAGGUAUGGCAGAAAACCUUAUUAACUUUAAAUUUAGCCCGGCUUACUCACCACACUUCGGCGGACUUUGGGAAGCCGCAGUAAAGUCAACCAAAUAUCAUCUCAAACGCAUUUUAUCUCUUACACAUUUAACGUAUGAAGAAUUAAAUUGUUGCCUGAUUCAGAUUGAAGCGAUUCUGAAUUCUAGACCCCUUACCCCUUUAUCUUCUGAUCCAUCUGAUCUUACCUACCUAUCACCCUCUCACUUCCUUAUUGGACGUUCUCUUCUGUCAGUCCCACAAGAACCUCUGACUGAAGAAAACAUCUCACGGCUCGAAAGGUUCCAGAGAGUUGAAAAACUCAAGCAACAUUUCUGGAGCCGCUUUUCUAAUGAGUAUGUUACUCUCCUCCAGCAUAAGACGAAGUGGCACACCUCGACGGACCAGCUGCAAGUCGGGACUAUGGUCUUGGUCAAGGACCGCGCACUUCCACCUCUCCUGUGGCUGCUGGGACGCGUCACGAAGCUGUACCCGGGCACGGACAACGUCACCAGAGUCGCUGACAUACGCACGAAGAAAGGAGUCAUCCGUAGGGCGUACAACAACUUGUGCCCCCUCCCUAUUACUUAACUUGUUAUCAUCUUCACUCUAUUUAAUUAUUGUUCGAUUUCUUAACUUCCAUCUAUUGUUCUUUGUUUUUUGUUGAGUAUCUCAACGCCCGGGAGUAUGUUGCGACUGCAACUUAAUAUUAUAUAAAAAUCAAUGCAGUAGCUAAACGCAGCCGUCGGGCUCGGCUAGCAUUCGGAGGCUUUUUAAAAGCACCAAUAGGAGCGCUCCACAUAAUCUGUUUCGCGGCCAAUUGGAAGCAUUUAAAUCUGAACCUUUGUACUGAUCAAGUAAAAUAUUGCAAAUCACUAUUGCAUCAUCCUCCAUACUUUCAACACCUACUUUCUACAUUGAACCGUUUUGGCAAGAACCCUUGUAAACCAGUACCCCUUUGG